AUGCAAUGGACAGAAGUCUCCCCUGGCUGCUAUGAGCGAUCAUUUGAUUCUCUUGAGCAAUUUUAUCGCAUUAUUGCCGAUGCUGGUGCCCCGUUGAACAAGCAGCACUAUUUGGUAUCGUGUACUCUUCGACUCAAGAUUCUGCCGCCGGUACAUGAAGUCCAAAAUGCAUGGAAGGCUCUCCGCAAGCAAUACCCACAGAUUGCGGCCAUGCCGGAUGAGACUGGCACACGAUUCCGCUACACCGUUCCGUCGUCUACGGAGUUGAAUGCAUGGGUCCAGGAAACUUUGGUGGUCGAUCAAGGGAGGUCCGCUAACGACAUAUACGAAAAAGAGCAGCCAUCAUCCCUCUUUCUGCUCUUUUAUCUUCCCCAGGCUCGGGAGUUGCUCUUCCGCAUGCCACAUUGGCGCAUUGAUGGCAUCGGCCUGAUGUAUCUUCAGACUGCCUUUCUUCGCAUCUUGUCAAACGGUCCAUCCGAGAAAUUCCAAUUUGAUGGUUCGGAGGCAAAGUAUCUCGCUCCGUCUCUAGAUCAGAUUGCGACUGUACAGCUUAAGACAACAGCGGAGACUUCUCAAGCUGCCGAUGAAGAGCUGGGUGUCUUCCUCCGCGGUUUGCCAUCUAUAUCGAUUCCUACACUACCAAAUGUGGUCCCGACCACCCCUCGGCGCAUUAUGUCCUAUUUCUGUGAAGAUACGACGCAGCGUAUUAUUAGUACCUGCAAAUCCCGUGGCCUCUCAGUUACGGCUGCAAUCCAUUCUGCCUUGGUCGUCGCCACCCUACCACAUGCACAGCAUGAAUUCAAUUCUGAGACUCGUGGCCAAGGCGGAGGUAAGUAUACUGGAUUCAAUGCAAUUGAUCUCCGCAAGUAUCUCCCGGUCCCUUACAAUGGACCAGAAGCGGCAGUCAGCAUCUACCACACUGGUAUUCCUGUUAGCAUCGAUCUUGCUGUACACAAGUCUUUUGAGUCAAUUGCCGCUGAGUUUCAGUACGGUUAUAGACGUAACUUGAGCAAGGACGAGCCGCGAAAUAUUUUUAACUUUCUAGCCGAGUAUAUUAACAAGGUGGUCGAGCUGCUCAACGCUCAGCCUCCAGAUCCUUUACGCGCCCCUGCUCAUCCAGAGUUGAGCUCUAUUGGAUUGAUCAAUGAUCACCUGCAGGCAAAGCAUGAAGGCUCAGCAUCGACAAUUGAAGUGGAGGAAUGGUGGAUUGCCAUGGAGGGUAUCAACCGCCUCCUUCUCACAAAAGUCUGGACUUGGAGCGGUAGGAUGUGUCUUUCUGUAAACUGGAACGAGGCUUUCUAUGAGGAUUCAUUUGUCGUCAAAUUUCUGGGAGAGUGGAAACAAAUUGUGUUGAAAGAAUUGGAUAUCAACUAG